AUGAAAAACAAGAACUUGGAUAAGUUUCUUGUUCUAGACAAGAAUCAACAAACCUUGGAUUCCUUCCUUGCCGAUGUUAAACGAAAGUUGCACUCAGAGAGUCAUACCGAAGAGCCCUCUCCAAUGAAAAUACAGAGUCAAGAGAAGAAGCAAAAACUGAAUCACAUCUCUCCAGACUCGUCGUUCACAACAGAAUCAGCAGAUCCUGUUGUUUCUCAGCAUAAUGAUAAAAACGCCUCUCCUCAAAAGAAGCAGCCACAUCCUUACUUGAAAAGAGUGAGAGAGGCUCUGAAGAAUGUCAGAAACAAGAGACCUGAAGUUUUGAGCGUCCUCCUGUCCCCAAUGAUGACGAAGAGAAUUUUACCCUUCUUACACUCGACGCCAAGUCGUCUCUAA